GGGUGGCGGGCGGUCACGUGGGGAGCAGCGCGCCAGCCUCCUUAAGGAUCCCUAUGGUUCGCCCGCAAGCACUGGAGCCGGAGCACGGGACGGGCCGCGUGUCUGCGCGUGCCGGCGGGGCUCGCCCGGGCCGCCGGGGCUCGCUGCUCCUUCCGUCUCCCGCAGAACCGCGGGCGAUCCCGGGAGGGUGCUCGGGCGAGGCGGGGCCGGGGAGGGCGCGGUCCGCGGAGACCACACACCCGCCACAGCGUCGGCUCGGCUGGCGCAGGAGCCUCCGCCCUUCGUCCGCUCGGAGCGCGGGGCUGGUGGGCAGCGGUCGCGGGGCGGGGUCUGGGCGCGCGGGGAAGGCGCGGCGGGCACGGCUGCGGAGAGGAGACCUAGAUGCCGCCGCUCCGCGUGGUCCGCUGGCUCCCGACACCAUGGCCCUGGCUGAGGUAGUAGUUUGUGCUGUUGGUCGGGUUGUGACAUUGCCCGCUGUGGAGAUAACUGCGCAAGCUACUGCCUUGCUAGUGCUGGUGAUGCUCAGCGCCGCGGAGCACAAUGGCUGGGAAUCCCCUUUGUUUUCCGGGGCGCGGGGACAGCCCGCCGGCCGGAACCGUUAGCUUCCCUUUCCUGGAGGAACGAGCCGCGGGCCGAGGCGGGGUCCGCGGUGCCUUUCAAACCUUGGGAAGAACUAAGCCUGCGGAUUUGCUCUCCUAAGGAAGGAGUGGAAACGUGUAAGAUGCGACCCAGCUCUGCACCCCAGAUGAUGCUAACUAAUGCGAGAUUUAGUGUUUUGUUUCAUUCUUGAGCUGUAAGUCGGAGUGGAUGAGUGUCCUGUCGUGCACACCUGGUGUUGAGGUCGGCAUAGCACACCCUGCCAUUCCAAACUUUUAUGUUUUAACCUUUUAUAAUCUGGUUUUUAUCUGACCAGUAAAUUUAAGUUUCUCAUUUAAAAUGUAGGGUUUCCAUUCGUACUGCUUAUAACUUUGAAAGAGAAGCUUGAGUUUAUUUAAAUGCACUAUUCAGAUUUUUGUUACUCUACAAAGCAAAAAUAAAUUAUUUCUACUCUG